AGCGGCGGGCCCGGGCGGCGGCGCGGGCGGAGGAUGCUCCGCUCCACCAAGGGCGCCUCCAAGGCGCGGCGGGACCAGAUCAACGCCCAGAUCCGCGCCCUGCGCGACCUCCUCCCGCUGCCCGACGGCGACCGGCCGCGCCUCUCCUACCUGCACGUCAUGGCCCUCGCCUGCAUCUACACCCGCAAGGGCGCCUGCCUGCGGCCAGGUCCGAGCCGGGGCGCGCCCCUGGAGCUGCUGGGGGGACCGGAGCUCGCCGACCUGGUGGCGUCGCUGCCCGGGUUCCUGCUGGCCGUGACCCGCGAGGGGAAGCUGGUCGGGGUCACCGACAACGUGGCGCAGCACCUGGGCCACUCCAUGGUGGACCUGGUGGCACAAGGGGACAGCAUCUACGACCUGCUGGACCCCGCCGAUCACCCCCUGGUGCGGCACCAGCUGAGCCUGCCCGGGCCCCCCCAGGCAGAGCGCCUGUUCCGCUGCCGUUUCACCACCUCCCGCGCCUCCCGCCGCCCCAGCGCCGGCCGCAAGCUGGUGCUGCUGCGGGGCCGCUUCCAGGAGCCCCCCGGGCCCCCCGGCGCCGCCCCCGCGCUCUUUGUGGCCUUCUGCGCCCCCCUGGACCCCCCGCCCUGGCCCUGCCCCGACUGCCUCCUGCUGCCCGCCUUCCAGAGCCGCCACGCCCGCGACCUGGCCCUGCUGGACAUCUCCGACAGUGUCCUGGUGCACCUGGGCUACGGCCGGGGGGAGCUGCUGGGCCGCUCCUGGUACCGCCUGCUGCACCCCGAGGACCUCGGCCACGUCGCCCGCCAGCACCUGCGCCUUGGUCAGUGUCCCCAAAGUGUCCCCAAAGUGUCCCUGGGGUGUCCCUGUCCCCUCCCUGCCCGGCCCUGCCACCCCUCCGUCCCCUCCAGGUCUCCCCAGGAGUGUCCCCCAUCCAUCGCCCUGGGUGUCCCCCUCGUUGUCACUUCAGCCCCUGGAUGUCCUCGGUGUCCCCACAGGUCCCCUGGGAUCCUGCAUGGCCCUGGGGAUGCCCCGUCCUCAUUGGUGUCCCCCUGUCCCCAGUCCCUCAAUCACCUCAUCCUGCCCGAUGGCCCCCUGUCCCCAACGCCCCCAGCUCACCCCACUGCAGCCCCAGCCCCCCUGUCCCCACACCCUGCCCAUCCCCACUGACCACUGCCCUGUCCC